UGUCCUUGUCUUUCGCACAAAUUCACGGGUACCCACUUGCUUAUUUAUUUAUUUCUUUUUCAUAGGUUUACAAGAUGUAUGUUAUUAUUACAAAGUGAGAGCUUAUUCUAAAAUAAACAUAUGAUUAAAAUAAACCGUUUGUGUAUUGAACUUGCAUUGAAAGAUAAGUUUAAGUCCGGAUUCGAGUACUAAUAGUGCGCGAUUAGAUGCGGCUCAGUAGAGUUCAAUAAACUUGAAACGUCAGACUUUCAUAGAAAUGUCAUUAAUGGUUACUGAAUGGAGAUUUUCAUUGUGAAUGUUCGGCGUUAUAAAUCUAGUGUUUGUUAGUUUACAUCUACAUUGCUAUGGAAAACCAAAAUUCUCAAGAACGAACAGUUCCGAUACAGUAUGUGCGUGGCUCGAGGGCCUUUCGUCAGUUCAAGAAUCCACCUCAGCCCCAUAUGUGCAUUCAAGACACAAUAAAGGAUACUUCAGAAAAACUGUAUAUAAAUGUUCUCGGGUGGCAGAAAAUAGCGAAUCCUAAGCAGUACUCGGAUCCCAUACCAUUGUACGGAGGCAUGCAGGUGCCCCAAGGAUGUGGUCCAAACAGCAACAAGCCUCCACUCCUUGUGUUUGCUGUCAUGGUGAACCCAGACAUACUUAAAGCUAAUGGAAAAAAUGCUGCUAAUCGUACGGACCGCGAGGCGCUGGUGAGCCUGCUGUGCGAGUUCGUGGAGGCCAUGAACCCGGGGCUGCGGCUGGCGCGGCGCGCGCGCGUGCUGCGCGACCGCGACCUCGCCGGGGAGCUCAAGGACGUGUGGCUCGCGGUGCAGCUCAAGCGCGAGCGCGAGCGCGAGCGCGGGCAGCCGCAGGACGUCAUGUACAAGGUUUACGAUAUUGAUGGUAUCGGUGGUGAUGAGAUGAAUGAAGAUGACAAAUUGUCGACAAGUGACAACGGUUCUCCAAGCAGAGGAGGUGACAGGAAAAAUACAGUGAAAUCUUCAAAGCAAAUCCUGCUCAAUGCAGGCCAGAAGUCUGAGUUUGACUCAGGAAUGAACAACUGUCAACUCAGCCAAAACCCAAGCAGAGACAAUAGAAAUCCCAAUUCAGACACGACAUAUUGCACUCCAGUUUAUGGACAAAUAGUUUCCUCUAGGGAAAAUCACAAUCAAAUCAACGAUAUACAACAGAAAUUUUCACAAAAUGAAACUACAAAACCAUCAAGCUCAUUUAGAAAAGACUGGAAUCCUGUUCACGGGAAGACGACGGAAGGCUGGGAUGAGUUCUCCAAAAGAAACAUAUCUUCUAUAAGCAGCGAAGAUGAUGCCAAAAAACAGAAGUGUUCAAAAAAUGAAAAAUCCAACAAACCAGUUAGUAACGGGAAACAUUAUGAUUUCUUCCCAGUUUUUGACAAUAAGUCAGCAGAUGACUCUGAGACCGACGAGAAAAUGCCGUCGCCCGAACGAACAAGUAAAGACAAGGAUAUUAGGAACGAAGACAAUUCUAAAAUAAUCAUAGACCCAAUGCAGAAAUUAGUUCUGCAUUCGACUGAUAACAAAAUAUGUGAUAAUAAAACAAGUGCUCUCAGCUCGAUAAGCUCGUAAUUUAAAGCUUUUACAAACGGUUUUUGUAUGGCGGUUGAUAUUGAUAGAAUGCUUUAAAGCUGUUUACAUGUGUAUUGAUAAUAUGGAGACGUGACAUCUAUAUAUAUCACUAGUCAAAUAUAUUGAAUACAGUAUCGUUUCACAGUAUUUUCUGGCUUCAGCUGUUAAUGUUUAAAUUUAAGAUCAUAUUUUCUCACAUCAGAAUUCUUGCAAAUUCAAAAUGUUAUUCAAAUUCUUUGACUCAAUUUUGUUGUAAUUAAAGGCUCAAUAUAUUGUUGUCUUGAUUGUUCUAGUUUAGGCCCAAUCGCAAGACACAAAGGUAGAUAAAAAUAAAGAUAUACCUAAUUUUGCCAAUGCUUUUUAAGCAAUGGCAACUGCCAUUCUGAGCUAAAGAUGUUCAAGGUGACAUCUGAAUUCCAAUGUUUAAUGCUGUGUGAAUGAGUGAAUAGUUUGUAAUGGUUGUGUAUUUUAAAAAUGUUUUUAAAACAAUGAACAAAUAUGUGCAUUUAGACGUCAAAGUGGGAGAUUUUGUACAUUGCUAUAUUUUAUUGUUGCCAAUUUUACCUGUUUGAAAUCGAAAUUUAAACAUGAAAUCGUUAAAUCGCUCAUUUGAAUAAUUCAAAUGGCUUCUUAACAAUACGAAUCCUCAAGUGUUCGAUUUUUAUGAUCUCAAGUUACACACUUCUCCACUGUCGAAGAACGUCCGUCACUGCCAAACACUCGAAAACCUUUUCAUGUAUUGACGUAGAUUUUUUGUACCUAAUGUGACAUUUAAAUCUCAAAUUUGCCCCCUCUGCGAACUGUGCGAUAUGGCGAUGCUCAUAGUCUACUCAAUUUCAAUAUACCUUAGCAUUAAGACGACUGUAAAUGAAGAAUGCAUAUUUUAUAAGAAAAGAAAUAAGUUCGUUUAGUAAUGUUGUGAAAAGCCUUAUACAAUUUUGACCUAGCGUUUACAUCUUGCAUGGUUCACCCGGGGGCUAUAGUGAUAACUGAAUAGUGUAACAUUUAUAUGGUUGUAGUCGACUUCGAUCGAAUCUUACUUUAAGUUUGUUUUCUGUGCAAUCUUUUGGUUCUAUUUUACGAAACUAUAUUCUUAAUUUUAAUUUUUAUUGUUAUGUAUUUAUUGUAAACUGAUUGUGACUCAUUUUAAGCAUUAUGGCCGCUCUAAGCUUAACCAGCUCAAUGCGUAAUUACGGUCAUUAGCAACAUAGAAAAUAAUGGAAAAAAUAUUCUUGGCCCAACGCGUGUUAUUAUUUGAAUUACUAAAUUUAGAUAAUAAUUUCAAUGACUAGUUUUACACAUUAAAUAAUGAAAAUAUUUGUCGAUCAGUUUCGAGCCUUAUGUUAUCUAUCUCCCAAUCAUUUUUUACAAAAACUGUCUAGGUUAGAGAUUAUAUUAUGAAGAUAUUUUUAAUGAAUUUUGUUUACGGUACAUUGCUAAGCGUGCUAUAUUUCAAUCGUACGUAAUCUAAUUUAAUGCAUUUAUUUUCGGACAAAUGUUGCGAAUAUUUUCGACUUGCUAUUUUUAGACUUAAUUUCCUAUAUCAGAGUGAAAUUAGUUUUUGAUUUAUGUAAUUUAGAUAGCUGUAGUUUAGUCUAGUACUGAGCUACGUGUAUUGUUUUUACGUGUUUUUAGUAAUCCGAUUUGUAUUAUUUUUGACCGACUCAAGAGUUGCUAUUUUUUUAUAUUUUUGUUUUAAGAACCACAAAACACAAAUGCAAAUUGAAAGGGGUGGAAUUACCAAAAUCGCACAAUCACAUUAAUUAUUUUAAAAACUUUGAUGCAAAAUUUCAGGCGUUGAUAGGUUGUGGUGACCACUUACCAUCAGGUGGGCUGCGUGCCUGUUUGCAAAAAUGGUAGUAUGAAAAAAGUCAGUCAGUCCCGAGUCCGUGUUGCAUUUGAUUUUAUAGAUUUUCUUUUUCUGUCGAUUCUAUAAAUCGGAUUACUUUGGAUCAACUUUAGGUAUUGUAUAGAUGAUGUUCCUUUUACGCUGAGCCUUUGUCGUCUUUGAUAGAAAGCUGUAAUUAUUUUACUUACAGAAUUUAGUUUUCACGAUAUUUGGUAUGAUGUAAUUAUAAUCAUAACUUUGAUAUUGUUCUGUCAAGGACCUGGAAGAUUAUUGAGUUUGCACCAUAACAAAUACCUACUUUUGAUUGACGUGAAUUUUGUGUAACAGAGUUUAAUGUAAUCUAAAAUUCUGUUUCAUAAUAGGAGCAUUCUAUUUACCGUAAAACUUUAUUUUUCUCCAUAUUUUAUGAAAUAAUAAAAGUUUUCAUAAGUGACUAUCUAACUAAAUAAAUAAUAAUUUCUAACGAUUCUAAAUUAAGUAUGUUGUAGGAGGUAGGUAUGGUGCAAUCUCUAAUAUUUUAUAGAUUUUAUCUCAGCAUCAAGAAUUAUUAUUUAGCAAUAAAUAAUAGUUUAAACAAUUUCAGAUCUUUUGUAUUAUUCAAACAUGUUUUUUUUUAAAUUUUAUAAUGUAACUAAAUGUACCUUAUUAUAAAGGAAUUUAAUAUCAGAUCUCUUGUUUACAGUAUUUAAAAAUUACAUGUCAUUUACAAGAAUUUA